CCAACCAAUAUCAUCGUUCUGAGGGCCUGCUUCGGACUUCAUCAUCAAUUUACAAGUUUGAUGCGUGUCCAAACGAUCAUGUAGAGGGUUGAGGUGGAGCCAAGAACUUGAAAUCGGGAUUGCUAAGCAUUAAAUUGCAUGAAAAAAUUUCAGAAAAAAAAAUCUAAAAUGAAGGUGUUGAGGCUUGGAGCUGGCAUUACCCCAUCUGCUAGCCCCUUUGCAUCUGUCUUUGAUUGACUUCUUUUGUAACUAUGGCAAACGAAUAAAAAAGGAAGCAGAUAAUGGUCAACAUCCUUGGGAUAUACUUGAUAUAAUUUACGAGAAACUAAAUUUUGAUGACCUCUUUCAAUGUGCUAGAGUGUGCAAGAACUGGAGGACAUUUCAUAAAAUUAAGUGUGCUAGAAUUUUGAUGACCUCUUUCAAUGUGCUAGAGUGUGCUAGAGUGAAAAUGCAGUUUGACAUUGAGAAAUUUAAUGUCAUCCCAAGCACCAUUGCUUGUUCUAACUUAUUUAUGUGCUAAGAAGACUUAUUUUUCCAUUCGCAUAUCUGAACAAAAAGUUUAUCACUCGAAGCUAGAUUACUUCCGGGGAUUAUCCUAUUCGGGGUCAUCUAGUGGUUAUUUAAUUAUGGUGGGUGCUGAUAAACUUCUGCUAAUGAAUCCUUUUACAAGAAUAAAGAAGGUAUUCAGUAAGUUAGCCAUUCAAGAUAAUUUACAGUAUAUGUAUUGCCGACUUGCUUUUGCCAAAGGUUCUGAGGAAUUUAUCAUAGUGGUUUUGUGUAAAAAGUUGUACAGUUUGCAUAUCUAUCAGUCUAGACAUUCUUGUUGGGUUACUUAUUCAACAAGGGGAAAUCCAUGGAAGGUUGAGGACUUUGUGGUUUUGAAUAAUACUCUGUAUGCUAUCACUGAGGAUGCCAAGAUAGGGGUAUUGAGCCUGAAUUCUGUAAGUUUGAGAUUUCUAGAACUGAAGAAUACUCCCAAUGUAACAUCCUCAAGGCUUAAAUUGCUUAGUUGUGAUGGUCAGCUUUUAGUGGUUCAUCAUGUUAAUCUGUCAAAAUUUGAUGUGUACAAGAUAGACUUGUGUGCCAUGGAAUGGAUCAGGUUGGAAACUUUGGGUGACCUUGCAUUGUUUUAUGGUGAUGACUCAAACUGCUAUGCAUUCAGCAACCCGGGUAGGUGGGGAUAUGAAAGCAACUAUCUGUAUUACAUUUCAACUGUAUUCCGAGGUUGCAUAGUAUGUUCCCUGAAUAAUGAACUGAAAGAAGGCAUUGUACCUAGUGGACUUCGACCUCCUACUGAGUCAAGAUUCGACUGGUUGGAUUGGUAUUUUCCCAAUGUACGUGAUGAGGUUGAUUAUGCUCUGGUUGAGUAACCUGUAACUUGAUACCAUGCAGCAUGUGACCUUUUGUUUGGACCUUGUUCUUUAUAUUUCCCUUUCGUGUGCUAAUAGUUUUAUUAGACUGGAGAAACUUGUGAUGGUAUCUAGUUUCCAAAACUUCGCUCAGGUUGUUAUUUGACUUUGGAUGGUUGUUUACCUUGUAAUU